UUAACAUUAUCAACUGUCAAUACCGAGAACCGAUUUACGUGCUGCCGAAGACAACUUGAGAUGCGAAAAGCCUCAUUGAUUUUGGCAUUUUAUGUCAUUUGCUGUGCAGCACAAACGCACGCUCUCGAGUGCUACGUCUGCAGCUAUUUGCUCGGCCAGAGCGAUGCCACCUGCCUGACGAACGCGAGCGCUGUGCGCGCCCUCAACUGCACCAAGAAGUAUUGCCUGACGGUGCGGCAAGAAGCGAUUCAAAAUGGAAACAAAGUCAUGUCCUUUCUACGUGACUGUCAGGAUAAGCCGGUUAUACUGAAUGGAGUUAAAACGGAUGCCUCCUUUCGCACCUACUACCGCUCCUGCCAGCAGAAUCUCUGCAAUGGCCACAACGGACGCGUGUACAACUCGAGUGGCGGAGGAGGCGGCAGUGGCGGAGCGGGCGGAUCGGUUGGUGGCAAUCACAAUGCCAUUAUACCUGGCAAAAAUGGUUGCCUAGGAGCCGGGGCAGACAUCCUUUGGCUGCUGCCGAUGUUGUUGCUGCUGCUGCUCUGUGACUGUAAUUAGCAUAAAAUGGAUGCUUUUGAAUAUGGCAAAAAGGACAAGACAGAUUCUAAUCCUAAUGUCUUCUAGAGAUGAAAAUAAAAUGCCGCCAGCAGCCAAUUAAAACGC